AUGGUGGUGAUGAUUCCAAGCCUCUCGCUUCCCGCUCCCGCCAAACUCCCUCCCCCUCCUCCUCCCCACCAAGACCCUAACUUCAACUCCCUCCACCGCCGUCUGAUCACCCAAAUCAACUCCAAAGCAAUCUCCACCCUCGAUCUCAUCUCGCCACCACAACUCCCACCCCUCAAAUCCUGCCUCCGCUCCCGCAACUUCCACCUCGCCAAGCUCUUCCACGCCCGCCUCUCCCGCUCCAACCUCCCUUCCGACUCUCUCAUCCUCAACUCCCUCAUCUCCGUCUACUCCAAAUCUAACGACCCCCGCACCGCCCGGUCCAUCUUCAACUCCAUGGCCGAAGAGAAUCGCAACCUAGUCUCCUGGACCUCCAUGGUCUCCUGCUUCGCCAACAACGACAUGCCGUUUGAAUCACUCCAGACUUUUGUUGACCUCGAACGCAAUUUCCGCCCGAACCAGUUCUGUUUCGCGUCGGUGAUCCGGGCGUGUUCCGAUCCCGAUCGUUUAAAGACCGGGAAGGCGGUGUUCGGGUCGGUUAUUAAGACCGGGUAUCUGGACUCCGAUGUUUGCGUCGGGUCGGCUUUGAUUGAUAUGUUUGCCAAGGGGAGUGGGGACUUGGGGGAUGCGUACAAGGUGUUUGUGGAAAUGCCCGACAGGGAUGCGGUGACGUGGAGCUUGAUGAUCACGCGGUUUGCGCAGAUGGGUGAUCCUAGGAAGGGGGUGGAGAUGUUGUCGGAUGGGGUAAUGCCGGACCAGUUCACUGUUAGUGGCGUUGUGUCAGCUUGUACUAGGUUUGGGGGACUGGCAUUGGGGCGGGAGGUGCAUUCGGCUGUGCGGUCGCGGCUGGUGUUGGAUCAUUGCGUUGGGUGUUGUUUGGUGGAUAUGUAUGCCAAGUGUGGGUCGAUGAGUGAUUCGAGGACGGUGUUUGAUCGGAUGGGGGGGGGGCAUAGUGUUAUGUCGUGGACUGCUGUUAUUAAUGGAUAUGUGCAGAGUGGGGGGGAUGAGGAAGCUGUCAGGCUGUUUGUUGAAAUGAUGUCCGGUGGUCAUGUUUUGCCGAAUCAUGUUACGUUUGCUAGUAUUCUGAAGGCGUGUGCAAACCUUUCUGAUCCGCGUAGGGGAGGUCAAGUUCACUCCCUUGCAGUGAAACUUGGCCUUGCAUCGGUUAAUUGUGUGGGGAAUUCACUUAUUAGCAUGUAUGCAAGGUCUGGCCAGGUGGAAGAUGCGCCGAAAGCUUUUGAUGUUUUGUAUGAGAAGAAUUUGAUAUCUUAUAAUACAAUUGUUGAUGCAUAUGCCAAGCGUUUAGACACUGAAGAAGCCUUUGGACUUCUUCAUGAAGUCGAGAAUACAGGACUCGGGGCUAGUGCUUUCACAGUUGCUAGUCUCUUGAGUGAAGCUGCCAGCCUUUGUGCAGUUGAUAAGGGUGAGCAAAUACAUUCCCGUAUUAUAAAAUCAGGAUUUGAGUCAAACCAAAGCAUUUGCAAUGCCUUGGUUUCUAUGUAUUCCAGAUGUGGAAACAUAGACGCUGCUUUUCAAGUGUUUAGUGAGAUGGAGGAUUGGAAUGUCAUAUCAUGGACAUCAAUGAUCACAGGUUUUGCAAAACAUGGUCAUGCAGUUAGAGCUGUGCGGCUGUUUAACCAAAUUCUUGAAGCUGGGUUAAAACCGAAUGAGAUCACAUAUAUUGCUGUCUUAUCAGCAUGUAGCCAUGCUGGUUUGAUUUCUGAGGGGUGGAAACACUUCAAGGAAAUGCACCAACAACAUGGUAUCAUCCCAAGAAGACACUACGCAUGUAUGGUUGAUUUAUUGGGCCGCUCAGGAUCCCUUGUAGAAGCCAUUGAAUUUAUUAAUUCAAUGCCUUUUGAAGCUGAUGCACUAAUAUGGCGAACAUUUCUUGGAGCAUGCCGAGUGCAUGGUGACGUUGAGCUUGGGAAACAUGCAGCACAGAUGAUUUUGAAGCUGAACCCACUUGAUUCAGCAGCAUAUUGCUUACUUUCAAAUUUGUAUGCUUCCACAGGUCAGUGGGGAGAAGUAGCAAAUAUAAGAAAACAUAUGAAAGAGAAAACUUUGAUCAAAGAAGCAGGUUCUAGCUGGAUAGAGGUGAAAAACAUGAUGCACAAGUUCCAUGCCGGAGAUACUGCACACCCAAAAGCACAGGAGAUUUAUGAUGAACUGGAAAAAUUGGGUUCAAAAAUAAAGAAAUUGGAUUAUGUCCCCGAUACAGAUUUUGUACUUCAUGAGGUAGAGGAGGAGCAAAAGGAAUAUUAUUUGUUUCAGCACAGUGAGAAAUUAGCAGUGACAUUUGGUCUUAUAAGCACAUCUAAAUCGAAACCCAUAAAAAUAUUCAAGAAUCUCCGUGUUUGUGGAGAUUGUCACACUGCAAUUAAGUAUAUUUCACAAGCCACGGGAAGAGAAAUAGUUGUAAGAGAUUCAAAUCGGUUUCAUCAGUUCAAGGAUGGGUCAUGUUCUUGCAAUGACUACUGGUGAUGGCGUUUAGAGGUGUGUGUUCGCUACUGA